AUGGAAGAGAAGCAGAUGGAGUACGACAAAGAGACAGCAGAAAUAUUCAAUGACCCAUACAGAUACGCAGUUGACUUGCACAUUAAAAACAUCCGGUCUGAUGCAAAUACAGUGGAAAUAAAGAAGGAGUACAUCCUGGGGCUAGAGACCAUUUUGGUCAAGCAGGAUAUUUCAACAGCCAUUUCCAUUUUUGCACGGAUUGGGGAGUGUGUUGAUCUUAUAGAUGUGCAGGAAGUGGAGGAAGAUGUAUGUGGUAUGCUUGGGUUUAUUUCGCAGAAUGUAGAGCCAGUUGCCAGGGAGAUGGUGAGGUGCCGUGUAGUAGAGAAGGCCAUUGCUUUGUACAAGAGAAAGCCAGAAGCAGUAGAUGCAAUUAUUCUUCUUUUUACAAUCCUAAAUAAUACGUUAAAUGGAUUGCAGGAGGCAGUGAAGGCAGAAGGGCAGGAUCCCUCUAUUAUAAAAGAGAUCAGUACAGAGUCAGAGCACAUGAGCAGCAAGUCAAAGAGCAGGCUUGCUGUUAUUCUGGGGAGCACUGCAUAA